UUCUACAGUUUGAAAUAUUUACGUCCUAUAAAAUACAUCUUUGAUUCUUUAUUCAAGGAUAAAAUGGUCUCGAUGUGCUAGAAGCACUUUGCUGCUUCUCGUGCUCGUUUAUUGUUAGUUAGCUUAGCUCGCUAGUUAGCUUAGCUUGUUAGCUGCUAACAGAAGUUAUCAACACAUCGCUAAGUAGAGAUCAAGUGUGAGAGUAAAGUGUUGUGAUUGUGUGAAAAUGUCUACAUUACACAUGUUGAGAGCGUUGGUGGAUCAGCGACUAACUGCUGCCGUUGAAGAAAUAUUUGUAGUGUUAGAAAGAACGAUAGCAGAAUACGAGGCGGAACUUUCUAGAACAAAGGAGGAGAACAAGCUACUAUUGGACGCUGUUUUCAAGAAACAUCAAGUUGUGUUACACAGAACAGAUGUCCAGCAGCCCCCCCACAUUAUAGAGGAAGAGGAGGAUCCACAGACCACCCAAAUUAAAGAGGAAGAGGCGGAUCCACAGCCCACCCACAUGAAAGAGGAAGAGGAGGAUCCACAGCCCACCCACAUGAAAGAGGAAGAAGAGGAUCCACAGCCCACCCACAUGAAAGAGGAAGAAGAUGAUCCACAGCCCACGCACAUUAAAGAGGAAGAGGAGGAUCCACAGCCCACCUACAUGAAAGAGGAAGAGGAGGAUCCACACAUGAAAGAGGAAGAGGAGGAUCCCCACAUGAAAGAGGAAGAGGAGGAUCCACACAUGAAAGAGGAAGAGGAGGGAGAGUGUCCUGUAGGGCAGGAGGAGGAUGAUGUCAGCAAGUUUCCACUGACUGUUGUCUCUGUGAAGACUGAAGAGCAUGAAGACAAAGCACCUGAGUCCUCACAGCUUCAUCACAGUCCAAACGUCCAGCAGCCCCUUCACAUUAAAGAGGAAGAGGAGGAUCCACAGCCCAACCACAUUAAAGAGGAAGAGGAUGAUCCACAGCCCACCCACAUUAAAGAGGAAGAGUAGGAUCCACAGCCCACCCACAUUAAAGAGGGAGAGGAUGAUCCACAGCCCACCUACUUGAAAGAGGAAGAGGAGGAUCCACACAUGAAGGAGAAAGAGGAGGAUCCACACAUGAAAGAGGAAGAGGAGGGUCCACAUAUGAAAGAGGAAGAGGUGGGAGAGUGUGUUGUAGGGCAGGAGGAGGAUGAUGUCAGCAAGUUUCCACUGACUGUUGUCUCUGUGAAGACUGAAGAGCAUGAAGACAAAGCACCUGAGUCCUCACAGCUUCAUCACAGUCCAAGUAAGCACAUAUCAUUUUAUUCUCAGGGCAUUCAAUCCAUCACA